AUCAGGGGGUUGGGCCGUCAAGAGCGAAUGGAGUCUUAAAGAGUUUUUAAUGUCCGCCAUGUUGGCCAUGGCGUAUUGAACCAGAGAAAGGGACCGGAGCGACUGGGAAAAGCAGACCGAGAGAGCGAACGAGAUCCGGGCCUUCCCGGCUUCGCUCGCUCUGCAAAAUUAUACCUACAGUCAAUCGAAACGUAGAUUCCAGGAUCACGAAAUAAAGCCUUUCAUGACAGUUGUAUUAAAAUCAGUGGUGAACAUUAGAAGAUCGGAUAUAUUUAUGCUGCAUCUCGUAUCAUAUUUCAUAAAAAUGAGUAAAUUGUCUUUUCGGGCACGGGCGCUGGACGCAUCCAAGCCUCUACCCAUCUUCCGUUGUGAGGAUCUACCUGACCUGCACGAAUAUGCAUCUAUUAAUCGGGCUGUGCCACAGAUGCCAACGGGGAUGGAGAAAGAGGAGGAAUCGGAGCAUCAUCUGCAGCGGGCGAUCUCAGCACAACAGGUGUAUGGGGAAAAGAGGGACAACAUGGUGAUUCCUGUGCCUGAGGCUGAGAGCAACAUCACUUACUAUGAGAGCCUCUAUCCAGGUGACUUUAAGAUGCCCAAGCAACUCAUCCACAUACAGCCCUUUAGCUUGGAUGCAGAGCAACCGGAUUAUGACCUGGACACAGAAGAUGAGGUGUUCAUUAACAGGCUAAGGAAGAAAAUGGAGAUGGGGGCUCUGCAGUUUGAGGAAAUGAUCGAUCGGCUGGAGAAAGGCAGUGGGCAGCAGUUGGUGACUUUGCAGGAGGCAAAACUCCUUCUCAAGGAGGAUGAUGAGUUAAUCAGGGAGGUGUUUGAGUAUUGGAGCAAGAAGAGAAAUUCUUGUCAAAAUAGCUCUCUCAUCCCAGCUGUAAAACAGGAGAAGCGAGAUGGUUCAAGCACCAAUGACCCAUAUGUUGCCUUCAGGCGCAGGACUGAAAAAAUGCAGACCAGGAAGAAUCGUAAGAAUGAUGAGGUUUCAUAUGAGAAGAUGUUAAAGUUGAGAAGAGAGCUAAGCAGAGCCGUUACCAUACUGGAAAUGAUAAAGAGACGUGAGAAGAGCAAGAGAGAAUUGCUGCACCUCACACUGGAGAUAGUGGAGAAGAGGAAUGGCAUGGCUGAUUUUGGGGGAGAGGUAAUGGCAGAGGUUCUGGCUCAGAGGGCACUAGAGAAGCCGGUUAUUCCCCUGAUCCCCAUCACUACCAGCAGCCAAUACAGACAUGCAGAACAUGAACGCGACUACAAGAACAAGGUGGACAAGCCAGAAGUGGUACGUCAGAAGAGGAAAUAUUUGAAGAAGCCAAAGCCCUUGCUGUUAUCUGGUCACUCUAUCCCUGCAGCAGUCAACAGUAAAGCCAUUAACCAGUAUGAUUUCCCCAGCUCAGAUGAAGAGCCCUACUCACAGCUAUUUUCUGGCUCCUCGGAGGCAGAGGAGGAGAAUGAUCCUGAUGGUGUGUUUGCAUUUAAACGCAGGUCCAGCUGCCACUAUCACUCUGUGUGUGGGGAGCAGGGUUCCUGGCCAUGGUCAGAUCCUGCUGAGGGUGGUUUGGGAGAUUCUCGCUAUCGUUACUCUCUCACCACACUCACCAUACCUCACCGAUGUGUCGGAUUAGCACGACGAAGGGUUGGAAGAGGAGGCAGGGUUCUGUUGGACCGGGCCUACUCUGACUGGGACGCUUUGUAUUAUGGGUUGGGCUUAGGUGGUUCUUCCCCCUCCUUUACCCACCAGCCUGUUAAUAUGGAUACCUCACACACCAUUGUCCCGACUUCUGCCUCAGGUCCUCCCGCCUCCUGCUCCUCUACCUACUCAUCAGACCUUUUGCAGAUCCUCCAUAAUAUUAAGGCCUGUCGCUGGAGGCACUUCAGACCUUGGAUGGCCCUGACCCAUGACCCCAAUAACCUCCGGUCUUGCUCAGCACAGAAGCUGAGCUUUGGUCUCUUCACUCCAGCCAGAAAUCGAGCUAACAACAGACCAGCUGACCCCCCACCCACACGUGUGUUUACAGCUGAGCAGUAUCAUCACCAUCAGGAGCAGCUAGACUUGAUGAAGAAAGAGCAGCUGGAGCAGGCACAGCAACAUCACAGAGUCAAUGCUAAGACACAGACUUUUUCAUCCAAGAUCAUAGACUCUGCGAGUGCACAGUUUGCUGCAUCUGCACUGGUGACUUCGGAACAGCUGAUGGCACUGAAGGGUAAAGAGGAAGGUAUUCUGGGAGUAAAUGGCGUUAUGUCAGCCUCAGGAGUCUAUAAAGGCUUGCAACACACAAGAACAACCUCCAUCAGCCCCAUCCCCAACCCUAACCAUCAUCAGUGCAACACACCUACCUCCAACCCCAACAAUGGAACUUCCUCAGCUAAUCACCAUGCUGGCUCAGACAACCCACAGGUGCUAUUAGCCGGGGCAAUGAGAGUGGGUGUGCCAUCACCAGGUGCAACAUUAAGUAUGCGGCAUCUGCAGCGUCAGCUCACAGUUCCAACUUCUGCCCUUAAACUUGCUGUCAAUGUCAGUAGGCAGCUCCCUAAAGUCACAACCAGCUCCACCACCCUUGACCUGGGCACCAGGGAAAAUCAUGAUCAGGAGAAGCCAUCAUUGAACGGUAUAACCGAAAACACUGUAGCAAUGCAGGUUACGUAGCCCUGCCUCUCUUCCUUUAUCACCCUGAGAUUUGGGGUGUCUAAUCUAGGUGCUGUGCAUCAGUGACAUUGUGAGCAGCUGUUGGAACUAGACUGCAGUGCUUGCCGUUUUUUUUUGUUUUGUUAAUGUCAUCUGUAAAUUAUGAAAUAAUCAUUUAUUCUAUGUACAGUACUACAUAUUUGUAAUAUGGCCCUUUUUAUAUAAUAUUUACCUGAAUACAGAAAUUGUUCAUUUAUGUUUUGCACUUAGGGAGGGGGUUCAAAAAACUAACUGCGACGACUUUGGAGUGAAUGGUGGUGUGUAUGUUCAUGUGGUGAUGUGAGAUCAAAUGCAUGGUGUAAACCUGCUGUUUUAUUUAUUAAUUGUGAGGUGUUUACAGGAAUUUUUUGUUUGUAUUUUUAUACUGUGUAAUUUCUUGGUAUUGUGGGUGUCUGUGCAUAUAACCAUAUUAUGUGGAAGUUUUCAGGUUUUUUUCUCCCUUGUCUGUUCCGUUGUAAUACAAUCAGCUCCCCUCACCUGUGUCAAAGUUCAGUUGUGUGGACACACACACGCACAUACUUGUAUGUGUAUACAGACACAAACAUACAGGAUGUGGCCAAAAGUUUGUUGACACCUGACUGUCAUGCCCUUAUGUGGGCCUUAUCCAAACUGUUGCACAAGGUUGUAAGCACACAAUUAUAUAGAAUGUCUAUUACUAUGUCCCUUAGUUCUAGUGAAUCUCCUAUGGCCUCUCAGUUCUAGAGAAAAUCCCUUCACUAGAACGAAGAGUCCCAAACAUGUUGCAGCAUGACAGUGCCCCUGUGCACAAAGCAAGGUCCAUGAAGACAUGGUUUGCUAAGGCUGGAGUGGAACUCAAGUGGCUUGCACAAGAGCCCUGAACUCAGCCCCACUGAACACCUUUGAACUCCUGAAACCCAUAAACACAAUCAUUAUGAGGGGUGUCCACAUACUUUUGGCCAUGUUGUCUACCACAAUAUACUGACUUGAAAGUAAAUAAUGAACUUUCAAAGUGAGGACUUUCAGCUGUAAUUUUUGUCCCCAUGUAAAGGACCAAAAGUAAGUGGACAAACUAACAAUCAUAAAUUAAAUUUGCAAGUUGCAAAUCCUUUGCAUUCAAUGACUGUCUAAAGUCUGCAACCUAUAGAUCUCACCAGAUGCUGGGUUGCUUCCCUGGUGAUGCUCUGCCAGGGAGUUAAUACAGCUGUCUUCGGUUCCUGCUUAUUCUUGGGGCAUUUUGCCUUCAGCAAGUGAAAGCCAAGCUCAAUUGUUUUCUGGUCAGGUGUUUGACUUGCCAAUGCAGAACAUUCCGCUUAUUUGCCUUAAAACAGUCAAGGGUUGCUUGCACUGCACUGUAAAGCACCGUCCAGUGGUUUUUUGAAGCAUUUAGUUGAAUCUGAGCAGAUAAUACAGCCCUACAUACUUCAGAAAUCAGUCUGCUGCUUUGGUCAGCAAUAAAGGAACCAGUUCCAUUGGCAGCCAUACAGGCCCACACCAGAAGUUGAGAGUAUGCUUCAGAUCAUGAGCAGUUCCUUUCCUUCUCCAUACUCUUCUCUUCUAGUGAUGUGUCAUUCAUGAAUGAUUCGUUCAUUUUGAACAGAUCUGGAAGAACGAGUUGUCUGAGUGGUUUGAUCAUUUUUUGACCGUGCAUGUGCUGCAACAUCCCCAUAGGUUCUGUACAGGAAACAGAAAUGAUUAGUUCACCUCUCGAGUCUUCAGGUUUGAGUCGUUCGUUCUUUCAAUGACUGCCCCAUAGGCAAUGCACCAUGCAAUACCGGAAAUAGAAAUGAUUAGUUCACGUCUCAAGUCUUCGGGUUCAAGUCGUUCAUUCAUCACGUCGCAGCCCCACUGCAUUCAGUGACCCUAUGUCGCUCUAUGGGGCGGUCACAGGAUGAACAAAUGACGAACCCAAAGACUCAAGAGGUGAGCUUAUCAUUUCUGUUUUCAGGGAACAGACGUGACAAAAGAAAGAACGACUCAGAACAGGAGGUGAGGUGAACUAACAGACUGCAUAGUUUAUUUUUUAUUCCAAAUGUGAUCAACAUUUGCGUAAGUACUAGAUGUGUUGGGGAAUUUAACAUGUAACAUUUUAAUUAUAUUCUGCUGAAAUGAACGAAAUGACUUGUUCAUUUUGCUGAACGAGAUUCAAAGAUCUGAGUCAGUGAAAUGAUCCAAACUUCCCAUCACUAUUUUAUUCCCAUUUUAUAGGCUUACCAACUUUUUAUAAAACCCUGUGUAUUUACUCUGGUGAAAGCUUCUCUUGAUUGUUGAUUUUGACACAUAUAUGCCUACCUCCUGGACAGUGUUCUUGAGCUGGCCAAUUGUUGCAAAGGAUUUUUUUUUUUUUUCCCUCAGGGAAGGAAUUCUUCUUUCAUCUACCACAGUUUUCUAUGUUCUUCAGGGCCUUUUGGUGUUCAUGAGAUCACUGGUGUGUUCUUUCUUUUAAGAAUAUACCAAAUAUUUGAAUUCGGCCACACCUAAUGUUUUUGCUAUCUCUCUAAUGUUUUUUUUUGUAUUAUUUUUCAGCCGAAUGGUGCCUUGCUUCACUGGUAGUUACAGAUCUUUGGAUUUUAUUUUGAGCGUUAGCAGCAGCAAAUGCAAAUACGACAAUUUAAAUCAACUCUAGACCUAUCUGCUUACUUGUAAGUGAAAUAAUGAGGGAAUAAUGAGAACAGCUGAACAGCCAGUAAUUUUUAUUUAUUUAUUUUUUUAAAUUUUGGUCCCUAAAAAGGGAGGAGCACAUAUAAAAUGUUGUAAUUCCUACACUGUGUACUCGAUCUGGAUGUAAAUACCCUUAAAUUAAAGCUGGAAGUCUGCACUCUGAGCUCAUAUUCAUUAUUUAAUUAAUAUCCUAUGUGCUAUGGUAAACAGCUAAAAUAACAAUAAAUUUGUCAGUGUGCAAAUAUGUAUGGGCCUGUACAGUGCAUCCGGAAAGUAUUCACAGCGCUUACUUUUUCCACAUUUUGUUAUGUUACAGCCUUAUUCUAAAAUGGAUUAAAUUCAUUAUUUUCCUCAAAAUUCUACAAACAAUACCCCAUAAUGACAACAUGAAAGAAGUUUGUUUGAAAUCUUUGGAAAUUUAUUAAAAAUAAAAAACAAAAAAGCACAUGUACAUAAGUAUUCACAGCCUUUGCCAUGACACUCAAAAUUGAGCUCAGGUGCAUCCUGUUUCCACUGAUCAUUAUUGAGAUGUUGCUACAACUUGAUUGGAGUCCACCUGUGGCAAAUUCAGUUGAUUGGACAUGAUUUGGAAAGGCACACAUCUGUCUAUAUAAGGUUAUAGACACAGUUAACAAUGACACAGUUAACAAUGCAUGUCAGAGCACAAACCAAGUCGUGAAGUCCGAGGAAUUGUCUGUAGACUUCUGAGACAGGAUUGUAUUGAGGCACAGAUCUGGGGAAGGGUACAGAAACAUUUCUGCAGCAUUGAAGGUCCCAAUGACCACAAUGGCCUUCAUCAUCUGUAAAUGGAAAAAGUUUGGAACCACCAGGACUCUUCCUAAAGCUGGCCGGCCAGCCAAACUGAGCGAUUGGUGGAGAAGGGCCUUAGUUAGGCAGGUGACCAAAAACCCGAUGGUCACUCUGACAGAGCUCCAGCGUGUCUCUGUGGAGAGAGGAGAACCUUCCAGAAGAACAACCAUCUCUGCAGCACUCCACCAAUCAGGUCUGUAUGGUAGAGCGGCCUUAUGGAAGCCACUUCUCAGUAAAAGGCACAUGACAGCCCACCUGGAGUUUGCCAAAAGGCACCUGCACCUGAAGGACUCUCAGACCAUGAGAAACAAAAUUCUCUGGUCUGAUGAAAUAAAGAUUGAACUCUUUGGCCUGAAUGGCAAGCGUCAUGGCUGGAAGAAACCAGGCACCACUCAUCACCUGGCCAAUACCAUCCCUACAGUGAAGCAUGGUAGUGGCAACAUCAUGCUGUGGGGAUGUUUUUCAGCAGCAGGAACUGGGAGACUAGUCAGAUUGAGGGAAAGAUGAAUGCAGAAAUGUACAGAGACAUCCUUGAAGAAAACCUGCUACAGAGCGCUCUGGACCUCAAACUGGGGCAAAGGUUCAUCUUCCAACAGGACAAUGACCCUAAGCACACAGCCAAGAUAACAAAGGAGUGGCUACAGGACAACUCUGUGAAUGUCCUUGAGUGGCCCAGCCGGAGCCCAGACUUGAACCCAAUUGAACAUCUCUGAAGAAUGGGAGAAACUGCCCAAAAAUAGGUGGGCUAAGCUUGUAGCAUCAUACUCAAAAAGACUUGAGGCUGUAAUUGGUGCCAAAGGUGCUUCAACAAAGUAUUGAGCAAAGGCUGUGAAUACUUAUGUACAUGUUCUUUUUUUGUUUUUAAUAAAUUUGCAAAGAUUUCAAACAAACUUCUUUCACGUUGUCAUUAUGGGGUAUUGUUUGUAGAAUUUUGAGGAAAAUAAUGAAUUUAAUCCAUUUUGGAAUAAGGCGGUAACAUAACAAUAUGUGGAAAAAGUGAAGCACUGAAUACUUUCCGGAUGCACUGUAUCUGUAUAUCUCAAUGCUGUUGUUAUUUACCCUGUUUUUUUUUUUUAUUAUUGCAUCACCCGUGUCCUUCUGAAGAGUAUAUGGUUUUUGUGUGGCUUUUUAAAAUGUUUUUUUUUAUGGUUUGUUAUGACUGUAAAGGGGGCUCUGCAGUAGGCUCUUUGUAUGAAUCAUUAUCAUUCCACUUUGUAUGAAAAAUAAGAGAAAUGAACAAAGGACCUUUUUCCUCUGUAAGAAUUCUCCCAGCCACCAGAUGAUUUCCUUUGGAAACUGCGAGAGCCCUCUUCCAUGAAGAGGAUGGUACUUCACAAGGUACUUAUGUAUGUACCACAAUCUGAAUACCCAUUCCAAAGGCAUUAUCAGGCCAUAUUGUUUUUUAAUUGUCUGGGCCUACCCUCACCUGUCCCACAUAGAUGAAUUAAUGAAUUUAUUAUGAAGAAAAAAUGUUCAAUAAAGCAGGGCAUUAAGUGUUUGACCAGCACAAAAAGAAAGUCUCUGGCUCCGUGUGCACAUAGCUUAAUUACAAUAAGGUUUGUAUUGUAUACACAAGUUUUUUACACAUGCAACUGAAAAAAAAAAAAUUGCAACUGCAUCUUGGAAUAAUUUUUUUUAUUAUUUUUUUUUAAAUACUUGUAAAAGUGUAUAUAUACACAACUGGGCCACGUGGUUAGGAACACUUAUCUUGUACCUACACUGCUUGGCUAAUUUGCUAGGUCAGGGGUUCCCAAACUUUUCCAGGGCAAAGACCCAAAUGACAUUAACAUUUGACCGAGGCCCUCCUUUUGCAAGAUGUCUUUAAAACACAUGAAAAAUACAGACUUCUGAAUA